CUCUCUCUCUCUCUCUCUCUCUCUCUCUGCCUACCAGCUUGUCUCCAGUCAGAAUUAGAGGAGGCUCUUUCUAAAUGCAAGCCGCUCUGAGGGGAGGCACAGGCACAUGAAUAUUGUGUAUCUUAUCUGCUGAAAAUGAGGCGAAAAGCAUAUAAACGCUCAUUACACGACCACAAGGACGACCUCCGUAAACGCCUGUCAUUCACAACCCACAAACUAGAAAUGGUGGAAUCGGAGUUCGACUCAACUCGGCAGUACCUGGAGACGGAGCUGCGCCGGGCCCAGGAGGAGCUGGAGAAGUUUUCAGAGAAAUUACGCAGGAUCCAGAGUAGUUAUGCAGCUCUGCAGAGGAUCAACCAGGAUUUGGAGGACAAGAUGCACAGGACGUCCCAGCACCACGAGGAGGAGAAGAGAGCCCUCAGCCGGGAGAUCAUCGUCCUCAACAACCACCUCAUGGAGGCGAAGCUCACCAUUAAUAAACUCAGAGAGGACAAUGACCUGUACAGGAAAGACUGCAACCUGGCCGCCCAGCUGCUGCAGUGCUCCAAGUCUCACUACAGGGCACACAAGAUGUCUGAGCUGCCAGUUGAUUUUCAGGAACGCAUCAGUUCCCACAUGGAGAAACAUAAUCGGGGCAGCGGCUCCACCAUGGCAAUGUGCCACUCCAAUUACAACGACGCCGUUCCCACGGCUGUAAUUGCAAAGGUCCUGGAGAAGCCAGAGGCAGGAAGCAGUUGCCCUGUGACACGCUCACCAAGUCCGCUGCCGCCCGAUGGAGUCUUUCUCACGGGCUCGGGAAGCACUGAGCACCUGAACCGUCGCGUUGCAUAUAAAUCCUCGGACUUGUACUGCAGCGACACCGCCCUCUACUGCCCUGAGCGAUGGCAGGAGACGGAGCGCAGGCAGAGCGUCGACCUACAUGGCACCGCGCUGCUUCAACUCCACGCCCAGAACUCCACUGACAGCAACCCGGAGGAAGAGGCGUACAACUCUGAAGGUUUUUCUCACCAUGAACCUCCAGCCUCCUUCCAGCACCACAACGAGUUUGGGACUGGUAGCCUCCCUGCUUCCAGUUCUUACUCCAGCUUCAGCCUGGCAUCGGACGAGAAGGGUGGAGUUAGCGUUGGGUGCGGGCGCACUGCCAGCAGCACUUUGUCCUCCUCCCACCAGGGGCUCUACAUGGACUGGCGAGAUGGUGGCAGUGGCGACUAUGAGCGCAAAAGCAUGUCUUCCUAUGAUAAAGACAGCUCAAGUUUCCCAAAGUCCCACAGCAUCCAGCACAUGGCGGCCCCCAGGAGCCCACCGAAGGGCACGUCCCCAGCGUACACCAGGACGGCCUCUUGCUUCAGUGAACCGUACCAAUCCAACUCCCUUCGACUGGCCUCUUCUCAGAGUAUGGGCUCUACAACCGGACUGGGCCCAGUUCGUGACCGAGCUAUGGACAGUCGGGGUGACAUCCUGGUCCCGGAGGACGACCUGAGCAGCCGCUGGAGACAGCUCAGUGUGGAAGACAUCAACAGCUUCUCCUCUUCCUAUCGUAACCUCACGGGGCGGGUCUCCCCAUACAGCUUCUCUGAACGCCAAUUUGCCGUGGGCCCCUCCAGUAAGGUCAAGGGAUCUCUCUACAGCAGCUUCCAAGAUGGAGAUGACGUCUUCCAUAGCCGCAUGCUGGACCAGUGUUUUGCUGUGGGCCCCCCUUCGCCCAGCCGCAGUCCCAAACCGAUGGAGCACCACAAGUCGGAGAAAACUUCGAUGCUGUACAGAGCCAAGGACGACAGUCAGGACUCAGAGUGCAGCCUGUUCCUCUCAGGGAGCUCCAAAGACAAGGAGAGCAGCAUGGGGGCCAGCAGCGCCAAGAAGGACUACCAGAAUCUGAGCGCGGACAGCUCGGCCGAGUCCUUACAUCACAGCUCCCUCGAGGCCUCGAGUCUUCAACACUACCCGAGCCCCCGACCCAGCGUCCGGCCCCGCCCGAGCUCCAGCUCCGCCCUCAGCGUCGGCCCCGCACUCCCAAAGAAGACCUCUCUCAGAUACCAAAAAUUUGGCAGCACGGGACUGACGAGGAAGGACAGUUUGACCAAGGCCCAGCUGUACGGCACACUGCUGAACUGAACCCAGGAGGACAGCUUUCCAUUUUAUGCAUGACGAUGAUUCAUAACUUACUGUACUGUACUGUACGUCUCCCUGCAGCAAACAUACUUGAUGUGACGGGAUAUUGAGAUGUUGCUGUUUUAUGUAUCUCUUAGCCAAGGCACGUUUCAUACAGCCUGCAACACGUUUUCUAUUGAGUGUCACACAGCGUUGCUCCCUGAGACCAGCUAUUCACUAUGUUUUUAUCUGAGGACGAUGAUUAGAGCCACUCGGAUAAAGUUCACUGACACAUUCAACACAGGUCCGUCGACAAUUUACUCUUAUUUUGGUGUUAAGUACUGUUAGUAAAAUCAGCAAAAGACCAUUUAGUCUUGCUCUAAUAUACACGGAACAGAGAAUAGACAAACAUUAAUUUCUCAUGUUUGGGAGAGUUUAUCCAAAUGUACCCAGCAAAUAAGCCGUUACAAAGAUUUAUCCUAAUUUCUCUUAAAGAUGCUGAACAAUGCACAUCAGUGAGAUGAAAACACAAUUUUUUUUAGCUGAAAUGUUUCUCAUAGGGACAUUAUCUACAAACAAAGGGUAUGUUCUAUGAAUAUUUUUUAAUUGGCUGCUUAAAAGAUAUCACUAAUGACAGAAAAUGACACAUAAUAAAACACACAAGUUUUACUAGUUUUAAAUUUCACAGGUUAAAAGUUCUGAAUAUGUAUAAUUUAAAGUAUAUAUUAAUUAUAGUGUUGCCAGAAAUGCACAAACAAAACAAUGUACAUUUGGUAGAAAUGAUUACACAUAAAUUAAAGAGUAAUAGAUCCAGAUAUGAGCUGCCACGUUUUUAAUCAUAACUCAGCAGGUUUUUUUUUGCUUAUUUUUAUAUCAGAGCAAGAUGAAAUGUGGGACUGAAAUUGCACAGUAGUUACUAACAUACAAAUAAACCAGGACACUUGUGAAAUUGCCUUAAUCCUGUUCAGUGGACUGACUGGUCUCCUUUACAGCAUCUAACAACUGUGCACAUAUGGUCUAUAUCUGCUGUUUUGUUAAUGUACGUGUACAAUUACUGCUACUGUUACUACUGUUACUACUGUUACUACACACAGCGUACGUUCUUCCUGUCAGAUAACACACACACGUCCAGUUUCUUGGAGGAGGAUUAAGUCUUGUUCGUAGACUGAGGCUAUUUGUCAGCGGAAUCUGUUUUAGCUUAAAAAUGACGAGGAUUAAUUCCUGUAUACAAAUCAUUCGGCCGAAAUUCUGCAGACUCCUCAUCACCGUUGGCACUAUCUACACAAACUCAAGCUAAAGUGCUGCCUCUUGUUUUGAGCAGAAUUAUUAAUAAUAGGGAAACUCACCAGGCAAACUAGCUGAUCUGCACAAAAAGGAGCAGAGGAAACUGAACAGGUAGUUAAAAAAAAAAAACACGAAACAAAGCGCAUUAAAGACAAAACUGUACAGUCAGUGUGUUGAUGUUACACCAGCAUGCUCAGUUAGGCUACUUUAGAGAAAACACUGUGACAAUAGACAAAGCGUGUGUAUAUCUACAUGGAAGGUGGCGAAGACUCACUUGUCUUUGUCGCCUGAACUUAAUGUAAAGACAGGUUGCCCUGCAACCCCACUACCUGACGUCACCAGUACAGAUGGAGACAGAAGUACAAUAUUAAAUACAAUAUGUCUGUGCCGCCUCUUUCAGUGUGACGGAUGUGCAGCUCUACAGAUCUGAGAGGAACGGUGACAGGAAGGAACUCGGCUUUGCCCUCGAGUGUUUUCUCUCUGAACGCCGCCGCGCUCCUUCCUCUCCUGUUCCUGCAGAUCUGGAAACUGGCUCAAGGUCGUUUAUUCAGAUUUCAAUACUGCAACUCUUCUCAUUGACCUUGUGUAUGAGGGUGAAACGGCUCCACACAGGCCACUAACGGUCUCAGAUAAUACUUGGUUUGCUGUAAAGGUUUUGAAGUUGAAUUGAAGCACUGUACAGAAAAGGGGGGGGAGGAUAUAUGGUAUUUUUGUCGUGGACAUAAUGUAUAAAAAGAGAUGUAGAGUCUGCAUACACAGUUAUUACACUAUGACAAUUUUUUAUGCAGUUUUCAGUUGAUGUUCUAUUUAUCGAAUGUUUUGACCCUGAAUGAAGAGGCUGAGGUGUUUUUCUGUCCCGUCCUACCUCCAGCACUGUUCCAUGACAACAGGCCCGCUGUCCGAAUGUCAACAUGUGUGUCUGUCUGAUGCAUGGUUAUAUAUUUUUGCUGUAUGUUUAUUUACUUAAU